GGGGACUCAGUGAUCGCACGAUCCAUAGCCGGAACUUUCUGCUGGACGGGAACGAAAAGUGACAUUUCUGGAAAUGGUAUCGUGCAGUAAAUACAUUCUCAUCUUGGCAUUCCUCCUCCUCGCGUGUGUGUCACGUGACUCCUCGGCAGCCAUGAUUCGUCCCUACCAGUCCCAACUAGAGGAGAAGGCACGACAGGAGGUGAUUCACCUGGCCGCCCGGAUCAUCAAGCUGACAAUGUACGGGUCCCGGCUGGAGAUGGCCAACAAACGUAAUGGCGGAACACUGGACUCUCUCUUCAACCUGCCUGACCUCUCGGACAACGGACGUUAGUUGAUGAACUGAACGCCUCCACAGAAAUAGAAACGGACUUUGUUAUUUACGACAAAUGGCUCUUGUGACCUCUUGAGCGCCUGCUUCCUGUCUUUGACGUCACUUCCGGUUGAGACUGACAUGUGCACCUGAGAUGGCGAUUGGAUAUCGGUGACGACCUCUCGGCUGACACCUGACCCCGAGGAAUUCUGUUGUGUAAAUAGCACUGACCACGUGACCACGUGAAAAAAGGUCACGUGUCAUUUCAUGGCAUCACGUGACAUUACUUGACAUUACUUCAGACCUUUUAUUUUUUCAUCACUUGACAAGUAUCACUAAUGUCUUGAGAAUAAACUGAUAAAAGACUUCUA